AUGCGCAUACUGUGUUUGCACGAUGCCGGAUCCACCGCGACGAAACUCAAGGAUCAACUAGCCAAGCUCGGCCAACGUCUUUACGAAAGGCAUGGCAUCGAUCUUGUAUACGUCAACUCACCGCUGACAGUUGAAUCAGAUGCUGAGGACAAGGCUACUCGGAGAGUCUGGUGGGAGGAGAUAGAAGAGAUCCGUACCCACAACCAAAAUGAGCCGCUUGACUCCUUUCCGACAGCCUCGAGAAAGCGUGAAUUCCGCGGCUUGGACGCGUCUUUAUUGCUUCUUCGGCAGGUAUGGACCUCUUGUCCGAUGCAAGGGGUUCUUGGCAUUGGACAAGGUGCCGCGAUGGCGUCAAUACUGGCGUUGCUACCAAAUUUACCGACGCCACCUCGUUUUUGCGUCUUUGUGGACGGUGCUCCCUUACUACCAGGAGAAGAACGUCUAUCCGAGUCUAGGUUUCCCUGUCUGCAUCUUAUACACGAUCUCUUGCAUCGACAGCAUCGAAGCGAUCGGCUAGUAGUUCAGUUCGGUGGCCAAGUUCACCAUUUCUCCACUCCGAGUGGACAGCUCGGCCAGGAAGAGCAUAACGCGAUUGGAAGGUUUUUGGUGUCUCAGAAAAGGGAUGGACCGAACCAGUCUAUUGUAGCCUUGCAAACGGCUCUUCAUGUGGUGGAACAAGAGGCGGCUGACAAGAUUGCCGCAGAAAUCGCCCGGGACCCACCGGCUUCACUUAUGGCAGUCAUCCGACCCCAAACCGUCGCAGGCUGGAGCGGAAACAAGAGGAGGCAGCCUGAUGAAGAAGGCGGUGGGGCUCCUUGCCCAUCCGAGUUUUUGCUCAAAAGGGAUAAACGCCCGGAGCAACCUGGCGCCAGCCGGCUUCAUCCGAGCCAAGCUAAUGGAACAUAAAAUUUAUGAAUUCUGUUUACAGU